AUGGACAGUCUCUUGCGCUUACAAGGUCUUCAUGCCGAUCUCGUUGCCUUCACUGAAACGCGAUUGGCCAACAUUGAUCGCCUGUGGCAGGAGCUAGAAGACAGCAUCGAGGAUUUCAGAAAGCUGUUGGACAAGACAACACCGACGGCUGCUGAUCGAGAUGCUUACAGCAAUGGGAAACUCAGCGUUGACGACCAAGAAUACGGCGUCAAUGACGAAUUCAAGCACAUCAGCCGGGCCAUUGCAACGACCCUAGACCUAGACGAGAUCGAGGCCGGACGACUGCUCAUCCAAAGCCAGACCGAUAUCCACACCACGGAAGACUCUUUUGUGAUGGAUGCAGUGAGCAAAUUUCAUAAUCGCAGAGACCUCCUUCUCCAAUCCCUACGGAUUACACUCCAACAGUCGCUCAGUUUGGAAGCUGAGGGUGGGGUCAGACGAGUCUUUGAAAGCGCCGUUGCCCGUGUUUUGGAUAUUGAUGGUGGUGUUCCUAGCAAUGGGUCAAUCUUCACCAGAAAAUGCCUGAGUACAUUGGAGGAUAUUGAAAAGUUACAAGCCAAGGUUGCGGAUGCACUUCAAAGCAAGGCGGUCCUGGGUGGACCGCGGGGUCCUGAGUUUUAUGCCACUCUGGAAUUUCAACGAGACAGUCUGUUCAAACAGCAUGAAGCUCUGGCGUGUAUUCUCGCGUAUUUGUUCCAAGGAGACUACACCAACCAGGAAGAUCUUCGGAAACUUCACAGUGUGCUUCCGCGCUGGAGCCGCCUCGAUUUCAAUCUGGUUCACUAUCUCCCCGCGUUUUCAACAGCAUUUCGGCAGUACGGCUCCCCCGGUAGCCACCUUUCCCAGGAAAGCACUGCCUCCCUUGACUCGGUGUUCGGGUCAUUGCCCCAAGAUGCUUCUUCUGCCCCCAUCCGGCCUUUCCAAGCGGUUCUGAGCCUAUGGUGGACCGUUGAGUACAGUGGGCAAUUCCGCGACCUGUCGGACCAGGACCCCGGAGCGGACAAGCGGGCAGAUGCGGUCAAGGCAGCAUUGAAAGAGGACGCCCUGGAAUUCAUGCUUGCAGUUUGUACAAGCACCAAUUCAGAUGUCUGGCGGCAUCCAGCGCGGCAGGAACUGGUAGCUUUGCUUCUCAGCGAUACAGCGGGUUUCACGCUCGAAGGCGAGCAGACAUCAUCCUACUUUCGCUUGCAAUUCAUGCAGUCUCUAGAGAACUUCACCGAGGCCUUCAUUUCGAACAUGCCUGACUCAAUUCGAAAACUCAGGACCGAAGAAGACGAUCAGAGGCUGAAUCAGCUGAUAGCAAUGCAGGAAGGCUUACCCCCUACCAAUCAAGGCACGAUCGUGAAUAAGCUUCAUCUAGAAUGCUUUCUCAUCCUCAUCUCCUUCGCUUUUGAAGGGAGACCCGAGGCUGCGGAGCAAUGGUGGGAAGACCCCGACAAUAAUUUGUACGGAUUCUUGCAGUGGGCAUCUCGAAGACAAACAGUGCCAAGGGUGAGCGCUUUCUGCGAGCUUUUGUGCUCGAUCUCAGAGGAGCAAGAGUGCGCAGAAGCUGCCCACAAAUUCUUGCUAGACGACUCACUCCCUGCUCCGACGAGAGGUAGACGCAACCCUUCCAUGAACUAUCAACAAAUCUUUGCCGAAUUGGAGCUCUAUUCGCAAAAAGUCCAUGAGCAUCCUGUUACACUCCAGCUACCAAACGUACGGAAAGUCCAGCCGACCGACAUGAACGAGCUUGAGAGCCCUGUGAUGCUAUCCUGUUAUCUCCGCUUGCUUGCGCACCUCAGUCGACAGCCCAGUGGUACGCGCCAGUACAUCCUACAGACCGUGACUCCAGCCUUCCCACAGGCUCUCCUGCUUCUCAGCUCCGGUCCUGUCCCGAGUUACCUAAGAGCAAGUGUGUUUGCGGCGCUGGACGCGUUACUGACCGACAAGACUGCUCAAACAGCUGCGACGUUGUGGCAGAUCGUCGAUGACUGGGCCGCAAACAGCCAUGACCGAGCCCGACCAACCGCUAGCAAAUCCAUAGCACCUCCGAAACCCACCUUGCUCAACCUACAAAACACCCUCAAUUCAAUCGCAAUGUCAUUUGACCAGUAUGACGCCUUUGUUGUGUUCCUGCGCGAUCUGGUCGUUUCUUUGCCGUCCACCGGGCUCGGGACUGACUUGCUUCCGUUCCCCAAAGAUCUAGGCGCGUCAUACAGGGCCCCUGGACUAGCACCUUAUAUUGAUUUUGUAUGCGGUCAAGUCUUUGUCAAAGCCAUCCUAGAAGUCACUGACGAACUCCAACGAUCGAUUGGCUCAUUUCAUUGCCUUGAAUUUGUGGCCGUUGGCUUGGAGGGAUUCAACGAAGACUACGUGGCCAUGCUUGACCGUACGACAUCCACUCAUGAUGCUCUUCAAGAGAUGCCGGAGGCAGCAUCAUAUGCUCAACGCAGUCCAUUUGCCAGACUCAUGCAGUGGAUCCUGAGCAGCGACAUGAACAAGCCGUUGAUGGAAACUUUGCGCGUAUCCGGAGAAACUGCUGAAGCUGCUCUUGCGGACUCGCCCUUGCUCCUCAGCCUACAACGUUCAAUUGACAUCAUCAACCGAGUGCUUGACCUACAGCCAACUUAUUUCGACAUAGUGAGACCGCUAGUGCAAUCUCAGUUGGCACAAGAUGGCCCUCUUGCCCGGCCAACCCUAAAUGCUCUAGAAGAUAGUCUAGUUGCAAACCCGGAAAUCGUGCUCAAUCUUUGCCAGUUUGCUGCUACCGGACAUUCGGAGCUGGCGCUUCGCGCUCUGGCUUUGCUACAGAAGCUCUCCAGCUCACCGAAGCUUAACAACCAUUUCCUCGCCGCUGAUUCUACUCCUGGUCGAACUCGGAGAAUUGUGGAUAUGCUGGGUCCAGAUCCCGGCUUUGAGCUAGGGCCAAUCGCCAGAAAUCUGUCUGCUAGGUUGCAGUUCGAUGUCCGGGAACUUGAAGAAGGAUUUGAGUCAGUCAGCUAUCUUCUGAAAGAUGGCAUCUUGGCUUUCUUCAACGCGUGCCUUGAAACGCAACCAGACCUCCCGAACGUUGCCCAUCUCUUGAUAGGUUUUGGUAGAUUGGGCGAGCGUCUGACGAUUUCGGACUCCAUCGAUACUGUGACUGCUGUUUUCAACUCUAUUGUCGAUCUGGUUCAGAAUUACCCCGACGACGAGGAUGGAAUUAUGUCUUCUUGGUUGAUACACAUGAAAGCAGCCGCUUUGCGUGUGCUGAAACAUCUAUGGUCGUCUCCCAUAUCAACAGCAAUCGUUGUUGGCCAACUUCGGAGAUUUCAAUUCCUGCAGUCCAUGUAUAUCAGCAUACCCGUCGUCAGUCAGCAAACUCUGUGGGACGGCAAUAGCCUGCGUCACCCUGCUUUCUGGUAUGCUACGUCGGCCGAAGCUCUUGCCGAAUUUCUCACCUUUCGAGCAUCUCUGUACAAUUACACUGUCACUGAAAUACGGACUGCCGCAAAGGAAGGGCUGUCGACAACCCUCCGACAGACCCUGUCAACUCUACAAGGCAAGACUACAAGCAUGGACGGCAGUAUCAUCACUAAUCCCGAUGUAUUCAUGCUUUUUGACUUCCUUGAACUCGAUCUUUCUGCCAGUCUUGAAAUAGAACCUCAAUUCUAUCAUGGCGUAGAAUUCGAAAUCUAUUUGACAGAGGCUACCGAGAGCCAGCCUAGCCUUUACGAUGUCAAGAUGAUCCGCGAGUAUCUCAAUGCCUACCGGGCCGACAUUGUACGAAAUCAGGCCACAGCACCGGGCAGCAGCAAAAUCGACGAGCAAAAUCUGAUUGACGAGGCCGACAUUUUGUUGGCCAAGGUUGAAGCUCGAAAUCGGUCAAUCCUUGCCCACAAAGCCAGAAGCGAUGCAUUGCAUGAAUAUGUGGAAAUGAUUAUAGCUAUCAUUGAAAGUUGUCCUAUGGAGGCGACAAACAAGGUGCAGUUCAUCCUGCACAUGUUACAAGUUAUGCUUCCCAAGCUUGAUGUCUUCAUCGUCGAUGGAAGAGCUGAUGUGAUGGAACUGGCCCGAGCUGCUGAUGCCUUGCUCUUCUCUCUCCCCCAAACAGACGUCGCAAACAGUCAUAUGGACAACCUCAUUACGGAGAAAUUGUUCCAGCUUUUCCGUGCCUCCGUUGAGGGUAUUGCGGCAUCCAACUCAAACACGAACCUCAGGACAAUAUUCUACAGCAUUUGCUCGCAGUACUUGAGCCGGAUUACAUCCUCGACUGGUGGCGACUCGGAUGUAAAGGCUAAAGCAAGGCGUAACAGCAUGGACUGCGUCCGGUCGACAAGCCAGCGUGUCGUGCAAAUUCUGUGCGACGAUGCCGAAGACGGCGUAGACACUUGCAGACUGAACGCCCUGAGUCUUCUGUCAUUUCUCACCUCCCUGGCCCGCGCGGAGAAAUCUAACUUCAUCCUCAACUCGCUCGUCAAAGCCAAUGUGCUAGAGAUCCUGGUCGACCCUCUCAAGCACGUUGCGGCAGAGUUUCAGGGCUCGGAACCGCUUUAUCGCCAUUACCUCCUCUCCAUCUUCGAAUCACGCAUGCUUCUGCUCCUGCAUAUCUCACGAACCCGCGACGGUGCAGGAGCUCUCCUCGACGCAGGCCUAAUUUCUGCCAUUCGCGACUCAGUCAUCUUCCAGGCAGAUCCCGAUCUCGGCAUCUCAAUUCCUUCCAAUUCCAGCGACAUGGCUGAAUCUAGUAGCUACGCUGCCGACUCGGUCACAUCCGCUCUCCGCACAUACUACGUCCUUCUGUCAUCAACCCUCCGCGUCCUUCUCUCCACAUUCCUCUCAAGAGGUGCUCAGAACGAACAAAUUCAAUAUCUCGCCCGCGCUCUUUUGACUGAAUAUCGGGCAAAUAUGGUGGGCGUGUUCAAAAAGCAUGCAGGUGUAAGUGCCAAAGUGGACCAGGCGCUAAGACCACUGGUGGAGGAAUGCGUCCGGUGUUAUACUGGUUUGGCUACGUUAUCUGGCUUUGUCGACUUUGAAGACCAGGCAGGGUUGGAUCCUGGACAGGACGGCGGCUUCUCGUAA